GUCGACACACAUUAGAGCAGUUGUGUGGUUGAAUUGCAUCUUGUACAAUAAAGACAAGACAAACAAUGAAGUCGUAUGAGCCUACAUUCCUGGGAUUAUUACGUUAAGUAUAACUAAUCCGCUUAUACAUGAACAAACUAUCUUCAAACCUUAUUUAGUAGUCUUAAGUAUGAACGAUACACAAUACAUGUGUUUUACUUCGUAAUGGGCAAAAUAACUGCAUAAAACACGCAGUUGCCCCGUCAAUUGCGUCAUCCAACGAUCUAUCACGCAUGCAUGGAUUGUUUCUGUCUGUUCCACAUCCGCGCAUCUACAUCGACUGCGCAUGUCUGUCCUAUCCAACAUGGCGGUGCAUCGGGAUUCGCGUGCGGUUUUCGCCGACGGAGUGCGAGCUGUGCUGCAAUCCUGGCCCGUUCUUCAGAUCGCGGUGGACAACGGCUUCGGAGGAGUCUACGGGCAGCAGAAAGCCGACUGGAUGGCGGACGUGGUCCAGCAGUACUUCCACGACAACACCGACCUGGAGCAGUGUGAAGUGGAAGACUACAUCGCCACCCUCAUGGACCAGGAGUUCCACACCGUGGUGGACGACGGCAGCUUACCGCAGGUGUGCGUUGGUCUGAUGCAGAUGUUCAGCCAGUGGCAGCAGGGGGCGCUGGAGCAGCUCACACACUCCAUCCAAUCGCUGACGCAGAACAAGACUCUUAGGGCAAAGGUCACGGCCGCGCCCACACCGUCGGAGUCAGAGAGUGAUGAAGAGACACAGGCGAUGGAGUGUGAGACAACUUCAGUCAACACAACAAAUCAUCAUCAUCCUUCUCCUCAAGACGAAGAUGGAUGGACGCUGGUUCAAAAGAGAAAGUGACACGGAGGGACUUACCUUUGGACUUGAUGAUGUCAUGGUGAUCAGGCACGUGACCUUGUGGCCUUCAGGACGUGCUGGAAACAAAAGUCCAUGUUUUGGCAAAAAAGGACAGCAGGCCAGUUGGAUUUCUGUAAAUCACGCCGACCGAGUUGCCGGUACACAAACGUGGCGAGUUUCAUGUCGAAUUCUGUCGGAAUUAUGCAAUUUCAAAAUAAAAAAUCCAAUUAUUUAGUUGAAACAAAGAUUUUGCCACAAGCAGAACUUUUAAAUGACUUUUUGAGCGGUCAAACCAGGGGUGUCCAAAUGGCCGGGGAUCGUUUUUAACGGCCUAAAAAAAUAAACAUAAAAAGUGGGAUAAAAGCGCAAAGAGUGGCAUUGUUGACUAUGAUAACACAAAGCUGUUUUAUUUUUUAAAACUGUCAUUGCUUAAAACAUAAUAAUGAAUCAAACUCAGCGUUGUUUCGAAUUAUUGACCUGUUAGGUAUUCUUCAAAUAUUCUACUUUGAAAUCUUUUUUGGGGGAAAUGUUGCAUAUUUUGUGUGUCUGUCAUAUAAUGUCUUUGGAAAAAAAAAGGCAUACAAAAAUUCAAAAGUAGAUACAAUCCACGGAUAGAUCUAAAGUUGAUCUAGAGCAGGGGCGUCAAAACAUUUUCCAUUCAGUAAAAUGGAAAGAUGCGGGGGUCACUUUGACACAGUUUGUGCAUCCAUCAAUUUCGUACCGCUUGUCCCUUUUGGGGUCGCUGGAGCCUAUCUCAGCUGCAUUCGGGUGGUAGGCGGGGUACAACCUGGACAAGUCGCCAUCUCAUCGCAGGGCCAACACAGAUAGACAAUUUGUGCAUUGAUGCUAAAACAAUGUAUGUCAAUAUUUGCUGAACUAAACAUCCAUGUUAGCUUUGUGUUGUAGGUGACAAUACUAUUAGUCUAAUCUAAUUACUAGGGCAGGCAAAAAUAACUUAAUUCAUGUGAUUAAUCCAAAAAUAGUGCAUUAACCACAUGUACACACAGAUUAAUCACAGAGGUUAUUUUUCUCCUUUGCAUUGUAUAAAUUCUGACAGUAAAUAGCAUUUGUGAGCAAGUAUUGGGGUCUUUUUUAUAUUAAUUGGAAGUUUUAAGUUCAUUAAAUCAUGUAAGCGAGUUUACGCCACUGACCUAUAAUACUUGGGAUUUGAUCCAAUUUCAACAAAAACUGAUUUUGAAAAUAUAUAACUUGACAACAAUCAUCCAUCCAUCCAUUUUCUACCGCUUGUCCCUUUCGGAGUCGCGGGGGGUGGAGGGAUCGCUUUUUUUGUUAACAGUCACUGUAAAAAAUAAAAAUAAGUAUCAAAAUCAAUGUAAUGAAUUAUUGAUCGAUUUAAGGCACCAAUGACUUCACAUCAAAUAUUGAUGUGAAGAUUUUUGGGGGAAAAUAUUGCAUAUUUUGUGUUUUUGCCGUAAAACUGGGUGUUCUUUAACAAAAAGGGCAUUUGAAAAAACACCUUUAUAUCAAGUUAACUGAAGUUAAUCUAGAGACUUAAGUGUUAAAGUAAAAGUGAAGUGAAUUAUAUUUAUAUAUCACAUUUUCUCUACUGACUCAAAGCGCUUUACAUAGUGAAACCCAAUAUCUAAGUUACAUUUAAACCAGUGUGGGUGGCACUGGGAGCAGGUGGGUAAAGUGUCUUGCCCAAGGACACAACGGCAGUGACUAGGAUGGCGGACGGGGGGAUCGAACCUGCAACACUCAGGUUGCUGGCACGGCCGCUCUACCAACUGAGCUAUACCGCCUUUAAAAAAAAAAAAAAGUAUGUCUUAUUUUUAAUGAGUGGGGCCCUUUUUGAAUCCCCAAUUA